AUGAUAAGUCUAGAUAAACCAAUGAUGACUCCUAAAUCAAUUAAACAAUCAAGGAUGCAACAACAAACUUUAAAUCCUGACAAUUCAUUCAGUAGUGUUGCUUCUGCUAGUUCUUCAGAACCAAAAGAGUUUAAACAAGAAUUAUAUUCAUCUGAUCUUUACCAAUCUGAAAUCUCAACUCAUAAUCAAAAUUUACAAGAAUAUAAUUAUGAAAUUCGACAAAUAAUGUAUGAGUCAAGUAUAAAAUAUAAACCAAAAUUACAAUUGUAUAAACAACAACCAUACGUUACAUUUGAAAUCAGAUCAAAAUUAAUAGACUUUCUUUUGAAGAUGUCAGUUAGACUUAAAAUAUUACCAUUUGUAUUUUUCAAAGCUGUUAAAAUAUUUGAUAGAUAUUGCAGUAAAAGAAUAGUUUUAUUAGAUCAAUCACAAUUAAUUAUUACUACUUGUUUAUGGUUAGCUUCUAAAAUAACAGGAGGUAAUAAUCAUUUUGUAAAUUUAAAUAAUUUAGAUAAAAUUGGUGGUAAUAAACAUUUUAAAAUUGUAAAUGAUUUAGGUUAUGGAAAUGGUGGUAAAUACAUUGGUCCAACUGAAAGAUUUAGAUUACCUAAAUUAAAUGAAUUGGUUAAAUUAUGUGGUAACAAAUGUAAAUAUGACGUUGGAAUGUUUAAGCAAAUGGAAUUACAUAUUUUAAAUACUUUAAAUUGGUCAAUUAAUGAAAUGGGGAUAGAAGAAUUUAUCAUUCAAAGUAAUGAAUUCAACAUUAUUGAUCAAAGUAAAAUUGAAAUUUUCAAAUUAAAAGAAUAUUUAUCAUAUGUAUCAUUAUAUUCAUCAGAAUUAUUCGAUGUUAAUACGAUAGAAUUAAGUCAAGUUAUAUUAAAUUUAACUAAUGAAAUAGUAAUUUCAACAGAUCCAGCUAUUGAAAGGCAAAUAUUAAACUGUCCUCCAGUUUCAAUAAGUUUUGAAAAUUAUAAAUUCAUAAAGAAGAAUUUAAUUAAAUCGAUUUUUAAUGCAUCUGAUUAUUUAAAAAGUUUAUUUAUUAUUUAUAAUUAUACAAAUUAUUUAAUCAAGCAAAUUAUCAAUCAGUACAAAGUCAAUAUACCGACGGAUAACAAUUCCAAUACCAUAACUACUCCAAUUAAUAAUACAUAUGAAUGCAAUGAUUAUGUAUCACUGACUAAAACAACAUUUUUACAACUAACACCAAAGAAGAGAAACAAAAUUUAUCAAAAUUAUAAAUCAUCACCAAAGAAAUUACAUACGAAUAGUCAUUCAAAUUGUUCAUCUUCAGAUUUUCAAUUAAUAACUCCACCAAACUCAGCUAACUCAAUUAGUUCCAUACAAUUACCAAAUAGUUCCAAUAUUCAAAAUUAUCAAUUUUUAAAUAAUCCAAAUUUUCAAAAUAUAACUACAACUUCAUCACCACCAACUAGAUCAAUAACAAAUAAUGAUAAUAAAUUAUCAAUAUUAACAAGUUUUAAUGGUUCAACAUCCACUAUUUCAUCACAAUCAUCAAGUUAUAAUAAUAAUAAUAUUAAUAAUUAUAAUGAUAUUUUUGAAAAUCCAAAUGUUAAUCAUUUUAAUCUUUGUGGACUGAAUAUAAACAAUAAUGCUUCAACUCCAUUGAGUGAAAAUGAAAGUCCAAUAUUCUUGAAUAAGAAAAACAAAUCAUCAAUCGUGUAA